AUGGAAAAGGAAGAUGCCGAUGUGGCGGCGACGGGCGACAGCGCGACGGUCGGUGACGGAGGCGGCGUUGUAGACCUCUAUCUUACAACUCUCAUCUCAUCUGUCUCACGCCUCCUCGCCACGAUGGAGAACCUUACGGAUGCGCUGGUCAACAACUUUCGAUUAACGUCCGAUGAAGAGGAAGGUAUCACGAUCACGCAACUGCAAACUGUCAACCAAAACCCUACUGGUGAAUUUAGCCUUCUCGGGAGAAUUGUGGCCACUAAGGAAAUAUCUAUGCACACCAUCAAAUCUAAUGUUACACGUCUUCUUCAGCCGGUUAAAGGAUGCGAGAUCCAGACUCUUGGGAACAAUAGAUUCGUUAUUAGCUUUAAUCAUCGGUUGGACCAAAAACAGGCUCUUGGUGGAUGCCCUUGGGUUCUUGACAAGCACGCCCUCAUAUUUUCGGAGAUUAAACCAGACUCUGACCCCACAACGAUGGAAAUUAAUCUUAUGCCUAUAAUUAUUCGGAUUCACCAUCUCCCGAUGAAUCAAAGGUCAGAGGAGGUCAUUGCUCAAAUCGGUGGCAAGCUUGGCAUACUUCUUGAGGUUCUCAAUAAAAAUCAAUCUCACUUCUCCCAGCUCAUCAGAAUCAAAGUUGCGAUAGAUGUGUCGCGAAGUAUUAAACGGGGCCUUUAUCUUCACUCUACAGAUGGCAAUAAAACGUGGGUGGCUUUUACCUACGAACGACUUCCAAACCUAUGCUUCAUUUGUGGACAGCUAGCGCAGUGA